AUGAAGAUUAACGAAUUUUGUUAUAAUAUCUUUUUAACUUGCUUUUUAAUUAAUUUGUUAAUUAUAUUUAUAAGAAUACUAAAGGGGCAAUCAUUUUUACCUGUUCGAUUAAUAAUAUUUUAAUUAUUCUCUUUUCCUAUAAAUUACUUUAAAUAGAGUCUAAGAUAAGUUGGAUAAAGAGAUAUGAAUAUCGAAAUAAAUUAGUCUUGACAAUCAACAAAAU